AUGCUUGUUUUGAUUCUUCUGGGCACAGUAUUUCUGCUCUGUGCAUAUGGAGGUGAGCUUCAGAGCCCUCGAAAAGACACUCAAAUAAUAUGUUAUAAGUGUAGAAAAUAUCAUCUUGGGCUAUGCUAUGAAGUCAUGAAUUCCUGCAAACUCCAGCAUAAACAGUCCUGUGCUACAGAGAAUUUUUACAUACUCACAAAAAAAGGAAGGAGUAUGUAUCAUUACUCAAGACUGUCGUGUAUGACCAACUGUGAGGACAUCAACUUCUUGGGUUUUGAAAAGAGGACAGAGCUCAUCUGUUGUAAACAUAAUAACUACUGCAACCUCCCAGAGGGACUUUAA